AGCUAUUCGCCAUCGUUGAUGGGCGCACAACGGCAGUUUGGAGCUGGGUGUAGUACAUUUCUCGGGGAAAACGUGUAUUUUUGUGCUUAAUGAGAGCAAAAAGUACGUCGAGGUGAAACCGAAAUCGUAUCCAAAACGUUUAAAGUGUUUACAAGAUGUCAUCGGCACAAGUUGAUCGCUCCUCCAAAGUGGGUCACAUUACUAAGAAAGAAAAUGAAAAGUCAAGAAAGACUUUUAAUCCAUCUCAUAAAAAGCACAAGCAUGAAGAUAGUCGGCAUUUUAAAUUUGGAAGAAAACGUUUGCAAAGUUUCACCAGCAAUGGUAAAUUUUUUCCACCGUAUAAGCGUAGAAAGAAGGAGGGUGUGAUUAUUCCACCGACAAAAUUUUUACUUGGUGGCAACAUAUGUGAUCCUUUAAAUUUAAAUAGUAUGCAAGAUGAAGAAAUAAAUAGAGCUAUGAAUGCAGUUACACCUAAGUCUAGCCCUUUACCAACGCCUAAGCAUAAAAAGGAGGUUAUCGAAGUGAUAAUACCACCAAAUAUCUGUGAUCCUUUGAAUCUAAAUAAUUGUAACGAUAAUGAUAAUGAUGAAUAUGAGAAACAACUUAUAUCCCCAACAAAGAAAGGUUCCAAACGCAGAAACAGAAAGAAAAAACGAGCAUCUUCAGGUUCUGGAAAAGAUGAUGUAAGCGAAUCAGCUGAAACCACAUCUAAAGAGGCUGAUACAAUUGAUGUUACAGAACCCAUGGAACAAGGUGUAUCUGAAAGUAUGGAGACAGAACAACAACAGGCACCGUUAAAUUCACCUCCACCCAAUCAGCCUAAGGAAUCUAAACCAGAGAGUCCACAGAAAGAUAAAAAUAAAUUACGUUUGAAGGGUUUAGAAGAACCUAAGGAUAAAAGAUUAAGGAAGGUGGAUACUAAAGAUAAAAUUGUUAGCCCUGUUAUUCCUCAACCUGGAGCAUGGAAAUCCAGACCUCAGCAUCGGCCGAGCCAAGAUAAGAAAAAGAAACAAACAAUGCCAAACUUUAGAGAGAAGGAUGCACAUUACCAAUACGGCAACUACAAUAGGUACUAUGGGUAUCGUAACUCUUAUCACGAAGUGGACACAAGACUGACAAUAUUUGCACAACGCAAACAUUUAUUCGUCGGGAAAGAUGUACUUGAUAUUGGUUGCAACAUUGGUCACAUUACCCUUUCUGUUGCCCGAGAUUUUUCAGCCAAAAGUGUAACUGGUAUUGACAUUGAUCGAACACUCAUCAAUAUUGCUAGAAAAAAUAUCAAACACUAUGUUAAUUGUGUACAGUCUCCAGCCAGGAACGAAAACAAUGAUCAUCAGGAUGUAAAUUUCUUCCCGAUAUCUAUGCCAAUCAAUUACGGUCCGGUUGAUAUUCCAGGUUUUACAAAGAAUAAAAGUCAUAAAGGUUUUCCUUAUAAUGUCACGUUCGUGCAGGGUAACUACGUGCUCGAGGAUGAUACUCUACUAUGUACGGAGCAACCACAGUUUCAUACGAUUCUCUGUUUGUCUUUAACUAAAUGGAUUCAUUUAAAUUUUGGAGAUGCAGGUUUAAAGCAGGCUUUCAAACGCAUGUAUGCGCAAUUACGACCGGGUGGAGUUUUAAUAUUAGAACCGCAAGGUUGGAGUAGUUACACAAAGAAAAAGAAUCUUACAGAGCGGAUAUACAAAAAUUAUCGAAGUAUCGAAUUUCGUCCCCAUAAUUUCACGCAGUAUUUAUUAUCGUCCGAAGUCGGAUUUUCUAAAUGCGAGGUGUUGUCGAUUCCUCCACACCCGUCGAAAGGAUUUCAACGACCGAUUCAAUUGUUCACCAAAGCUGGCCCUUUUCAAGAAUCUCCGGAUAAUUCGAUUUUAAACUCAUCCAAGCGGCAAGAGCGGAUAGACGAGAAGACGAGGGAAAUUGAACGAAAAGAAUACGAGAAAGAGCUGUUCAAGAAAGAGGAAGUUAAACAAGGAAACUUGUCGGAGAUCAGUCAACAAAGUAACGAGUCCAUGAGUCAAUACGACCAACUGGAAAAUGUUUAUGCUCCCAGUUCGACGCCCUGUUACGACGAUACACCUGGUCAUAAUAGCGACAAUCAACCACCUGACGCUUCGAAGAUGUGUUACCUGGACGUUAACAUGGAGAACGAUAAAACAGACGUUGAAAAUCAACUGGAAUCAAACGUAACGACCGCUACACCUGUUUCAGAAACUGCACGUCAAAACAAUGAAUCGUCGACUGAAAAUCAUACGUCCAGAAAACGGAACAUCGACGUGGCGGCAGAUAACACGUGCACGGUAGGUCGUGUAAAAAGGUCGAAAGUGCAGGAUGAAACGUCUGAUGUAAACGGCAAUCAAAGGACAGUAGAAAUUCAGAAUGAUGAUAAAACAUCACAAGAAUCGGUUUCUAUAAAUAUCAGUGAGAGCAAAAGUGACCAUGAAUCAAACAUUCAAUCUGUGAAUGAUGAGACAUCAAGCAGUCAUUUAAAGGAAAAGAAGGAUAUCAAUGGAGAAGUACAGACAGCUAAGGAUUGCACAGAAAACGAAGAAGACUCGAGGACAGCAGAGGGACAUGAAGAAAAUGGAUCCAGGAGUUCGUGUAUAAAGGAGCAAACAGAGACGCAACAUUGCGAAUUAAUCCCAGACAACACGUAAAUCGGUACUUUCGACGUCUUCUGCGUAGAAAAUGAGUGGUGCUACCAAUACAAACUCGGGCUGUCUGGUUAUCCAUUUGCUUGUCCGACCUUUCCUUUGUUAUUCGUCUUUCCAUUUUUUUUUUCUUUUUUUUUUCUUUACAUCCUGAAGAAGGACAUUGAACGGAAUUGGUUGUCUGUCUUUCCACUAUUCCAAACAGAAUCGUUUAGAAAUCUCAGCAGCAAUUACAUGGUUGUUGGCGGUAUCGGUGCAACGCAGCAAUUUAGACAAAUAAGAUGAAUAGACUGCUAAUUCGUUUUUAGAUUUCAAUAAUCAUUAGCGUGUAGUCCCAUUGCUCGAUUUCCAUUCGUGUUUUAUCUUUUCUUUACAUUUUGCUUUUCCUUUUUUUUUUUUUUUUCUAAACAUUUCUAAUUCGAGUUCUUUGUAGAGAUACCUGGUGAGAGUUUCAGUGUAUUGUAAUUAGCAUCGGCGCGUCUGAAGUUCAAUCUCGAAUACGAAGGGAGACUGGCAAGCGUAUUAUUUAAAGAGACUCAAGAAGGAUGAUAAAUGAAAAAAAAUAAAAUAAAAGCACUGUACACAACAGAAAUUGUAUCGCUUUACGUAUAAUAGAUUUGUACGAAUGUGAUAACGUGUAUAUGUGAACUGUGCCUGUACGCUUACAGAGACAAAAGACGAAGGAGUGAAGCGAACGUGUACGACGGUGGAUGGACGAAACAAAUUCUAAGUACGUGCCUAAAUAAAAGCGUUUUGCAUUCUGCUGUAUUAUCUGAGCACGUUUUCAAACAUUCUAGCGGGUUAGUCGACCAAAGACUGACUUUACAAUGUCUUUCGACGAUGCUGUAAAAAAAAAAAGGAACACACGAAAUGGCAAAGAAACAGAAAGAAGAAUGUGUGGUGAAAAGAUACGUUCAGGUUGUGUUUCGGGACACAAAACUGUUCGAUGCUUCGUGUUUUACCUUUGUACAAAGAGAACAAAUAAAACAGGACAAUUAGCACCGACAGUUAAUCUUCGAAACUCAUGCUAGAACAGAAUGAGAGAGAAUGAGAGGAAGAAAUGAGGAUGAUGAAUAUUAUUAUUAUUAUUAUUAUUAAUAUUAUAUUAAUUGUAUCGAUAGAUUGGUAGGAACAUUGUCUGCUUCUUUAUUGUUGAAUGUUUACUUUGGAACUGCAGGCAGUGUUCUUCGAAGUCAAAAGACAACAUUUUAACACGCUGAUUGCCAUGGUGUGAAACAGAGGGGAAAUUCUCAGCGCUAUUAAAACGACUAAUUAGUAAUUGGGAAUAGAUACAGAUAGUAUUUUAAAAUAAUGUGAUAGCAUUAAUAAAAAGGAACCAAAUAAAUUUUUGAUAAUAAUGAUAGCUGAUAAGUGCCCCUAGUGUAAUAAUGGCUAUUUCAACUAUGCCAGUCAACGUGUUAACAAUCUACAAAACCUAUUAAUUUUUUUUUUUUUUAAUUUACUACUUUUGUUUACGUUUGUUUACUUUUGGUUGCAGGAAAAGAGUGUGCGAGAGAGAAAUGUGUAGAGACGUAUCCAGUGUUGUGUUUCAGAAAUGGAUACGUAAGAAUUAUAUUGGAGUAUUGAAUUUCGGCCUGACAAUUUCACGCAGUAUUUAUUAUCUUCCGAAGUCGGAUUUUCUAAAUGCGACGUGGUGCUAUCUAUUACCCCACACCCGUCAAAAAAGGAUUUCAAGAACCAUUUCAAUUGUUCACCAAAGUUGGCCCUUUCCAAGAAUCUUCAAAUAAUUCCAUCGUAUUGUACAGAGAAAGAAAGAAAGAAAGAAAGAACGUAAAAGCGUAUGAGUGGAGAUGAGAGUGGAUCAGCAUCAGAGAUAGAAAGAAAGGAAACGUGGCGGGAAAAAUGGAAACGUCGAUUGGGAAACCUUAGAGACUGUAGGACUUGUAAAUUUCUGUAAUUUUAGAGAAGUAUUGUUUCAUAUAGUUGUUAUUUAUUUAUAUAAUGCCGAGAUCUUCGAAUUUGUUGAUAGAACCCGGACCGAUCGGAGUAGACGAAAGUAUUAUUAUUAUCGUUGAGCGUCACUCGUUACACGUAAGUUGACACACAACAAAACACACACGUACACCGAGGAUUUUUCAAUGUACAAAAGAAUAAGGAAAGAAAAGUUCCUCGGCAAUGAUAGGAGAAAAAGAAAGGAAAAGUGACGAAAGCUUCCAAGCACACGUGCAUGGUCAGGCGGCUUUCCUCCUUCUAAUUUAAAUCUAGUCCGUAUGAUCAUCGAGGAAGAAUGGAGUAAUUCUUACGCAAAAUGUCACUUCUUACUCGAGCGAAAGAAAACGAAGAGAAAAAAGAAAAAGAAACCGAAGAACGUUGUUCUUGAUCCGUUGAACUUUCUCGCACGCUCUGAAACAACAUUUCUGUUCGAUUCAAAUGUUUCAUGCGCUCAUUAUCUAUGCGUAUCUUUUGAUUAGUGUUUUGUGCCGUUACUUGAACGCUGACGAAACAAUUGAUAAAUCGUUACGAAGCGAAACUUGGCUAAGAGAAAAAAGAAAAAGAAGAACGCGAUAAGAAACUUGUUUCGUCCUUGACGCUUUGAGUUAAUUGGUUUUUCUUUAGAUGUAACCGUGACCAACUUACCAAUGUGCACAAUUAAUGAUAACGUUUAUUUUUUUAUCACUUGUCCCGAAUGUUCUUUUUGUCUCUGCGAUCAAACACUGUUUCUUUGUACUUCUGCGCAUGAAAAUUUCGAGCAAAAAUUUGUUCCAACAUUGUCCUCGAUCGUUUCUGUGUAAUAUGUUAAAAAAGAGCAUAGAAAUGUUCGAGGAGAAGGGAAACGUGACCGUUGAAGAGCGAUGCGACAAUAAAUUAGCACAAAAAUAAAAACCGGGCGCAAUCACUUUUCCAUGUUGUGUUUGAGAUGAUGAAAAACAAAAUGAACCACUUAGACGCUUACCAGGAACACUCAUAGUGUAAGAUAUCAGAUUAAUAAUAAAGAAUCGCUUUGAGUCACAA